AUGAUCAAUCCCGAAGAACAAUCUGCGAAACCCCCUGAAGACAUGAUCGGUGCGCGGCUCGACGAUGAAAUAACCUCUCUCCAGUCGCAAAUUUCAUCAUUAAAAGCCAAACGAAAUCUGCAAACAGCGACAAUCCUAUCCUCACAUGCUACUCAAGCAACCCUCGACCGUCUCCGUAAAGCGCAAACACAACCCACCCCAUCCGCCCAAGCAGAUGUCCCUCCCGACACGAAUCCCCUACUCGCAGCAUCCACAUCACAACUCCUACACAACCAAGAGAACCUCUACCGGGCCUGUGGGACCAUCACCACAUUUCGCGUCCGCGAUCCGGACCCAAACGCUGUGGAUAACGGCAACGUCCUCGGUAUCCGGGUCGAUGUUUCCACGACGGGGAAAUUCAUAAACCCAUAUUAUCUCCUACUCAACAAACCGUUCCCGGACUCGGAGCUACUUCGCGUUCAUCGACAUACGCUGCCACCCUACAUCCCGCUCUCUUCUUUGGUCGAGAAGCACCUACCGACGGGGAAAGGGUCUUCGGCUAUGUCUGCUAAAAAGGCCGUCGGAGGGAAGCGGCAAGAUCUACGGCGGCUUGUGCGAGCAUUGAGGGGGGAAAUCGUGGCGUAUCAUAACCGCAUCACUGCGAUUAAGAACUUGCGGAAGGAGUUUAAGUUAGAUGAGAAGGCAUCCAGGAAAGGGAAGGGGAGGGAGAAAUUUAUUGCGGACAUUAGCGCUGCGGAUGCUGAGGCGAAGCAGAUCCGGAUCGAGUGGGUGGAUGGGAAGAUUGGAAGGUGUGUGGUCGAUGAUGAUGGGGGUGUUGUUAAAUGUGUGGUUAUAGGUGAUGAGGGUAGGGAUCGAGAGAUAGAGAGGGCUGUUUUGCGCGGGAGGAUCGAGGGUAUUGGUGAGAGGUUGAUGGAGGGAGUUUAUUGA